GGCAGUUAUUAAAAACGUCUUGGCGAGAGUGGAGCGCCGCCCUGUAAUUAUCUAGUUGGAUCACGAACUUGUCACCACUCACCACACCGGAUAUGCAGUACAUCGAGCCAACAGCUCAACAGAUGAUGAUGGUGGGGGGUUAUGCCUGCGGCUAUGGUCGAAGUGACGCCAUAUCUCCAGCCUCAGACCUGUCUUCCUGCAGCAGCGCGUCUUCAGGUGCUUGGUGUGGCACAACGUGGCGAGAAAUGCCGCCUUACCCACAAUACCCAGCCUACUGGCCUGCGUCAACAACCGCUGAAGACGCGCGAGAGUUACAGCGGAGAUGUGCAAAGUGUAGAUGUCCAAACUGUCUGACUGAAGCUGCCGGUUUUGGACCAAAUUACGGGAAAGACGGAGCGAAGAGGGAACACGUGUGUCAUGUUCCUGGCUGUGGAAAAGUGUACGGAAAAACAUCCCAUCUAAAGGCUCACCUGCGCUGGCACACUGGCGAGAGACCCUUCGUCUGUAACUGGCUGUUUUGUGGCAAGCGUUUCACCAGAUCUGACGAAUUGCAGCGCCAUCUCCGUACUCAUACUGGAGAGAAAAGAUUCGCGUGCCAACUGUGCACAAAACGAUUUAUGCGCUCUGACCAUCUCGCGAAACACGUAAAGACCCAUGCUAAUGGAACCAGAAAAAGCAAGAAAGCGAAAGAAGAUGACAAAGUAGUGAUUGAGCAAACGAAGAUGAGCGUAGAAGUGGAACAGCCAUCAGGGCUGAAUAGCGAAGCGACUGCAGUAGGGAGUCCUAACUAUGGCACGGUUCCUGUGACUAGUGGACCUAAGCAGAUGCUGAAUUAUGGUGCGGCAACGCCUCAGGUUACCAAUUACAAUAGUGGCGCCGUGUUUAGUGGUGGAGUUAUGUACGGGAGUGGCUGGUGUCCUGAUAACCGCCAGGAAUCCCUCUACGCUCGUUCAAGUGUCCGCGAUCCACGGUUUUAUCAAUACCCUUUAAGUGCUUACCAAUGUGCCUCAAAAGACAAUUAUUCCAUGUUUCAAGGACACUAUAAUUUACAACCCCCAGUAGCUAUUGGGCAGUGACAUAAAAGCUGUGCAUAAUAAUUAGUAAACAACUGAAAGAUAUCGUUUAAAUAUAGACUAUCGCUGUACUUAAUUAGAUUAAGUUAUAGUUAAGUUACCAUAAGUAAGUUAAUGCGACGUGC